AUGCUGCGCCUCGCGGGCAAGCUGGUGGCCUUCUUCUGGAGGAGGGCGGAAGAACCCGAGGAGAAGGCCGGGCUGCCGGGGCCCGAGCUCGCAGAAGGUGACACCAAGUUGAAAACUGUCCAGGGUGUCGUGACAAGGUACUGCAGCGAUUAUGGCAUGAUUGAUGAUUUGAUCUACUUCUCCAAUGAGGCUUUGACUAGCAAAGUGCUUCUAAACGUUGGACAGGAAGUUGUUGCGGUUGUGGAAGAAGAUAAGGUGUCGAAUGGACUGAAAGCAAUCCGGGUGGAAGCCAUCUCAGAUACAUGGGACGACAACAGCAGGAGCCACGGCAGAGGGCUCUCCGGCUCCAGCCCCCGAGUGCUGAUCGGCUGCGUGACCUCACUGGUGGACGGUGCCGGCUACAUCAACCAGACCACGUACUUCUCCCAGGAGAGUGUGUGUGAAGGUUUCAAGCCCUGCAAGGGGGACUGGGUGGAGGCCGAGUACUGGAUCCGGCCGGGCACGUGGAGCAGUGAGGCCAUCUCGGUGAAGCCACUGAGGUACAAGCGCGUGGACCGGGUCUGCGUGUCCAGCCUCUGUGGGAGGAACGGGGUGAUCAACGACUACAUCUUUUUCACCCUGGACUCCCUGAAGCUCCCGGAAGGCUACAUGCCGCAGAGGCACGACGUGGUCAGCGCCGUGGUGGUGGAGAGCAGCCAGUCGUGCUACACGUGGAGGGCCCUGUGCGUGACCCCAGUGCAGAGGAGGGGCACCUCUGCGGUCGAGGAGGCUGCUGACGAGGCCUGUGGAGCCCUUUUACUGGAAAACAAAGGUGACGUUGAAGUCACGAGGAUGACAAAUUUUGGAACGCUGAAAGAAGGAGAAAGCAAAGAUGUGGUGAUCUGGAUAGAGAAUAAAGGAGACGUUCCUCAAAACUUAGUCAGCUGCAAGUUCGGUGGCUGGGAUGAAGCUCAGCAGUUCAGGUUCCAGAAGCUGAGUAAGACACAGGCGCGCCCCGGAGCGUCCCUCGUUCCCGUUCCUGAGAAGGAGAAGAAUUUCGCGGAUGAAGAUACUGACGCACUAGACAGCUGCAGGAAAAACAAAACCCGUCAGACAUUGGAGAGCAGUCUGGUGAACAGCAGAGAAGCCUCUCCAGGUGACUGUGCCUGUACAGGAGAAAAGGAGAAGAAUGUGUCACAGAAGCCCGAACCCGGUGGGUUCAUCCCUCCAGGUGGAAAAACCCUGAUUGUGGUUACCUGUGAUGCAAAGAAUUCUGGCCGCUGCAGGGAGCUCCUUCUGCUUUGCUUCUCCAGUUUCACAGUCGGGCGGUUCCUUGAAGUGAACGUCAUAAGUGAGGAGGAAUCACUGAUAGCUGUCCGAGAACCCUUUUCAUGGAAGAAGUCUAAAAGUUCCCAGCUGUUAGCUUCCACCAAAACUACAGUUGUCGUGACCACGCAGAAAAGGAACCUGAGACGACAGCUUCCAAGUUUUCUCCCGCAGUACCCGAUACCAGACAGGCUUAAAGAAUGUGUGGGGCAGAAAAUCGACAUCCUGACCUUUCAGCCGCUGCUCGGAGAGCUUCUGAACAUGUCAAAUCACAAGGAGAAGUUUUCAACUUUGCUCUGGCUUGAGGAGAUUCACGCAGAAAUAGAGCUGAAAGAGUAUAAUAUGAGUGGGGUCACCUUGAAAAGAAAUGGGGAUUUGUUGGUUCUGGAGGUCCCAGGAUUAGCUGAAAGUAGACCUUCUCUUUACACAGGUGAUAAACUGAUCUUAAAAACUCAAGAGUACAACGGACACGUCAUCGAGUACGUCGGCUAUGUGACUGAGAUUCAUGAAGAAGAUGUAACCCUUAAACUUAAUCCAGAGUUUGAACAAGCAUAUAACUCUGAACCUAUGGAUGUGGAAUUUACAUACAACAGGACCACCAGCAGACGGUGUCACUUUGCACUUGAACAAGUUGUCCACUUGGGCGUAAAAGUGUUGUUUCCAGAAGAAAUCAUUUUACAGUCUCCCCAAGUGACAUGGAAUUGGAAACACGCACAAGACAUCAAAAAGCACGGACAGCCCACCUCCAAGAAUAGGAAAACCUUGAAGGACCAAACUAAGCACACCCCAGAGGAGCAGCGGGCGGGUGCCCAGGCCACACCAGGGCCGUGGGCCUUCGCCACAGAGACCGGCGGGCUGGUCAGCGGAGCCCCGAAAGUGAGAGAGAAGGAGUUUUUCAACCCCCUGCUCAACGAAACCCAGAAGUUGGCGGUGAGGAGGAUCCUGAGUGGAGACUGCCGCCCGGUCCCCUACGUGCUCUUCGGGCCUCCUGGGACUGGGAAGACGGUGACCAUCAUAGAGGCUGUUCUACAGGUCUUCCACGCUCUGCCGGACAGUCGGAUCCUGGUGUGCGCACCCUCCAACAGCGCGGCUGACCUUGUGUGCCUGCGGCUGCACGAGAGCCAGGCACUGCGGCUGGGCGCCAUGGUCCGCGUGAAUGCCACCUGCAGGUUCAAGGAGAGCAUCACAGAGACCAUCAGGCCGUAUUGCAGAGAUGGGGAAGACAUCUGGAAGGCCUCUCGCUUCCGGGUGGUCAUCACCACGUGCAGCAGCUCGGGGCUCUUCUACCAGAUAGGGUUGAGAGUUGGACACUUCACGCACGUGUUUGUGGACGAAGCGGGCCAGGCGAGUGAGCCCGAGUGCCUCAUCCCCCUGGGGCUCGUCUCAGGCGUCAGUGGCCAGAUCAUCCUGGCCGGAGACCCCAUGCAGCUCGGACCGGUCAUCAAGUCCAGACUUGCCAUGGCCUAUGGGCUGCACGUCUCUAUGCUGGAGAGACUGAUGUCCCGACCAGCGUAUCUGCGCGAUGAAGAUGCUUUUGGAGCCUGUGGUGCCUACAACCCCUUGUUGGUGACAAAGCUCGUGAAGAACUACAGGUCCCACUCAGCUCUGCUGGCCCUACCGUCCAGACUGUUCUACCACCAAGAGCUGGAAGUCUGCGCAGACCCCAGGGUGGUGACCUCCUUGCUGGGCUGGGAGAAGUUACCCAGGAAGGGCUUCCCCCUCAUCUUCCACGGAGUGAGGGGCAACGAAGCUCGAGAGGGGCAAAGCCCAUCGUGGUUCAACCCUGCCGAGGCCGUCCAGGUCAUGCGCUACUGCUGCCUGCUGGCCAGAAGCAUCUCCAGCCAGGUGUCUGCUGGCGACAUCGGCGUGAUCACGCCUUACCGGAAGCAGGUGGAGAAAAUCAAAAUUCUCUUGCAAAACGUUGAUCUGAUGGAUAUAAAGGUUGCAUCCGUGGAGGAGUUUCAAGGGCAAGAGUAUCUGGUUAUCAUCAUCUCAACUGUGCGGUCAAAUGAAGACAUAUUUGAAGAUGAUAGAUAUUUUUUGGGAUUCUUGUCCAGCUCAAAAAGAUUUAAUGUUGCAAUCACCAGACCCAAAGCCUUGCUGAUUGUGGUGGGAAAUCCUCAUGUUCUUGUCAGGGAUCCGUGCUUCGGGGCUUUGCUGGAGUACAGCAUCACGAAUGGGGUUUACACGGGAUGCAACCUGCCGCCCGAGCUGCAGCCCCUGCAGAAGUGAGUACUGCCGUCUCCUGCCCCUGUGGGCUUUGCGCUUGGGCUGCGGCCACCCUCCACCCGGUGCUGGGAUGACAUUUGGGGUCAGCGCCUCCUUCCUUUCACA